AUGGAUAACUCUAUAUGUCUCUGUAGCUCGAUUCGGCUUCUAUCCAAGCAAUAUGACGAAGAUCGAGCUAGAGAGUUGAUCCCUGCCCUCAACAGCCACCUUGAGGACGUCCGCCGACUCCUGGCAAAGUCAAAGGCACUUUCCCGGGACGUGCAGUAUCAAAUCACGCCACGCAACCAGCGUACGAACAAGGCCCUGUCCGUGGACUCAAUUGACCUCGCGCCCGUCAAGCAGAUUUACGAGGUCUUCAGCGAGAAUGUCGAUGGCUUCUGGGUAGCCUCUGACGACCGUGUCAAUGCCGACUUGCGUCGCCGGUCCGAGCCAUUGAAGUUGGCCGCUUGGCCUAUCGUCGAGAAGACGACGAGAGCGUAUAAAGUGCCAACACCGCUCAGGACACAACUCCUCGAGGCCAUUCUUUUCUUCUGCGAAAGAGACUCGGUUGCCAUGCGCCAUGUUGCUGUGGAUAGGGCUAGAUCGUUGUUGCGAAAAUCUAUGCCUUACUAUCUCCACGCUACCGUUGUGCUCUUCCGCAGCGUUCUUUACCGCAAUGAUGGGGAAUUCACAAAGUCAGAAGCCCACAUACGCGACUUUGUAUGGCGUGGCCCGCGACCUGUUACUCGACGGGACCACUCGCUCCAUGGACGACUUCACAUAUCCCAGAUGGAGAAUAAGAUCAAGUGCACUGACGACGACGUUUCUCUACUCAUCUACGAAUGGAAAGCAGAACUGCCGCUCUCGACUCUGGAUACCGAGGUGACAUUCCGGCUUCAGAGCACGGCAGCGCGGUUCUUCCAAUCCAUCGGAAACUUUGCUGCAGCCAGGGCUUCUCUGGAACAGACUCUCUCGCUUGACAUGACAAAACCGCUGCGAGGGAAUACGCGGCGUCUGUUGGUGAGCAGACUUGCCGACAUGUACUGCGAAAUGCAAGAAUACUCAAAGGCGGCCGAGAUUCUUCGGCCCGAGCUGAGUAGCUCAAAUAAGCCCGAACUCUCACGUAGAGCCUAUCCGCGUCUGCUACUUUCAUCAGCAGAGUUCAAUAUCGGACUCGGAAAUUUCGAUGCAGCAGAGCUACUACUUAGGGAGCUCGAGACGCAACAUGCCACACCGAUUGGCAUAGACACGCUCUUUGAUCAGCAGCUACACAUGCGUGCUGUUCUCGCUGUAGCUCGGAUAGCCCACUUUAGGUCAGAUAAGAACGUCGCCGUGACGCGGUGGAGAUACGCCCUGCAAGAGAUUCAGCGUAUGCACGCCCUCAAAGCAGAAGCCGGCUUCACGGCGGCGACGAUACAUUUGUCCUUGGCUCAUGCACAGCUUGCUGCCGGCGAUGCAGUAGGUGCCUCGGCAUCUUGGGCUGCUGGAUCGGACAUACUCAAGACUGAGACGUGCGAGUUCUGGCUUCCUAUCGUACCGACCGUGUGGCUGAAGAAGGUCACCCGUGAGGUCUAUGAAGCUCAGGGUUGGACGUUUCGCAUGAUGCUACCUGGCGCCAAACCUGACGCUACAACACCGUGA